AGCCACCUUGGAAAACUAUCCUGUGUUUUCACGUGACACACAAAAUGUGUAGUUUCUGUGUGCGGAACGCCUCUAGGCUGGACAUCUGUUGUUUGCUUUGAGUAGGCCUAUGUGUGUGUGUAUUUGGGGGCUCAUGCAUUGAAUAGAGGCGGUGACCUGUCAUUUGUGAGUGAUAGGAGUGAGCGUGUGGGAAAAUAUCUCAGGCAAAGAGCUUGUGCAUUGAGAUGCUAAUGCCCCUCCUAUAAAUAUAGGGCGUGCACAGCGCGGAGGGCCUUAGAAACACCCAGCACUUAGAUAGGAGUGAAACUGUGAGUGAGUGUACUACUCAGAAGCCACUGGAGAUGACUGCAACCAACCUCCAGCAAUAUGCAGGCCAAAAGCACAUCAACGCCAAAGAGGAGAGAAAGCUGCGUAAACCCCUCAUUGAGAGAAAGAGAAGAGAAAGAAUAAAUCACUGCUUAGAUCAGCUGAGAGAGACAGUAGUUGGAGCUUUUAGGCUUGAUCAGUCUAAGUUAGAGAAGGCUGAUAUUCUUGAGAUGACGGUGAAACAUUUGCAGAAUAUCCAGAGCAAUAGAGUUUCUGACCCCAUUCUGGACACAGAGGCCCAACAGAGGUACAGUACUGGAUAUAUCCAGUGCAUGCAGGAAGUUCACAACCUUCUACUUUCAUGUGACUGGAUAGACAAAACUUUGGGGUCCCGUCUGCUUAACCACUUACUGAAAUCUCUACCUCGAUCAGCUAAAGACUGCCCUCAGCUACCCAAGAACUCCCAGACAAGUACUUCUUCUAACCAUAGCGACUACAUUGAUUUCCAUGCUGAUGAUUUAGAGAGUCAAAAAACCUGCCCUUCUUCUCCUGCCUUGUAUGAGAGGACCGCCCAGUCUCAGAAUCAGUGUUCUACUCCCAUGAGAAUGCCACACAAUGUGGAGAGCCCACACUUCUCAGUUCUAAAGAUGUGGAGGCCUUGGUGAAAUAUCUGUAAUUUGGCAGUGUAAAGCUAUGGUGUGUACAUGUGUUUAUGUAGUACAUAUGACUUCUGUAUGUACCACUUUGUGUGAUUGUCAAAUGAAUAAGUAUGCUGCCAGUCUGCACAACGCAGAGCUGUAUACACCCAUUUUGUGCUGACUGUGGUAGACCCUCCUCUAAUAUGUAUCUUAUAGAUAUGUUUCACUGCACAUGUGUGAGGUGGAUCUAGACCAGAAUAGUCCCCAUUUCAGACCCUCUCUACUUCCUCUCUGAAGUAAAAGCUACUGUAGCCUGCAUUGUAGAAGGCCCCUAAUAAUAAUUUUAUUUAUUUAACAACAAAAAUGUAAUGAAGUGUUAGAACUCUUUUUAAAUUAAACACAUUAUUUAGCUACUAAUGUCAGAUUUAAUUCCUUAUCACGUCUGUGUACAUUUUUUAACAGUCAUUAAUAAAGAAAUUGU